CACGUCUCCCGCGCCACCAAGACGACCCUCAACAAGCUGGGCGUGUUCACGGUCUCUUCGUUCCACGCCUUCAUCUGCGCGCGCUCGCCCUCGCUGCUCAACAACCUGCUGGCUGGGCGCGGCGCCACCAAGCGCCGCCCGCCCAUGCUGUCGCGCUCCAACUCGGGCUCGUCGCGCCGCUCCAUGCAGGUGGGCUCCCGCGAGGAGGGCGAGCGCACCGUCAAGGUGUCGCUGCCCGAGGGCCAGAGCGCGCACGUCUACCUGCGCGAGGGCAUGACGGUGGAGGAGUUCCUGGCGAGCGCGUGCGGCCGCAAGAACCUCAACCCCAUGGAGCACUUCGUGCGCGUCAAGAAGCGGCGCGACAUGGAGGACCACAACUACUUCGUGCCGCACCGCUCCGACCCCAUCGAGACCUACCUGCACACCCACGAGGUGGUGGAGGUGUGCGCCAAGAUCCUGUACCAGGUGGAGCUGCAGAGGAAGACGCUGGACCAGAUGUGGGGCUUCUCGGUGGAGGCGGAGCUCAUGGAGAACGCGGACCGGCAGGACGAGCUGUGCUGCUACGUGUCGCGCGUCGAGGACAAGAGCGUUGCCAUGCACAACGGCAUCAUCAAGAGCGACGAGAUCAUGGUCAUCAACGGCGCCAUCGUCUCGGACCUCGACAUGAUGUACCUGGAGAGCGUGCUGCAGGAGGAGCAGUCGCUGUGCAUGAUGAUGCGCUCGUCGCGCACCGAGCCGCCGGACCUGGCCACCAUCAUGAGGGCCACGGACGACAUCAUCGACUCGCUCGUCUGUCCGCCGCCGCCGUCCGAGCCGCCCGUCAUCUCCGAGGAGAUGAUCUCGGGCCUCAUCGUGCCCGCUCCCGGCUGGAGCAAAGAGGUGUACUCUCCGGACGGCGAUGUGUCCCCGCUGCCGCCAGGCGUUGAGUCGGGCGGUAAGGUGGCUUCCCGCGCCAACUCGUUCGAGAUUGAGAACUUGCUCAAGACGGCCGAGCAGGUGACGGGUUUCUGUCGAUCGCCGGUGGAGACUCGCAAGUGCAGUCCGACGGGCAGUGUUACUUCGCAGUCGCAGGCGAUGCUCACGCCAGGCAGGCAGCUUACCGACGCGGAGAAGCUACGUAAGGUGCUGCUCGAACUAGUGGACACUGAGCGCACCUACGUCAAGCACCUCAACAGCCUACUGGAAAAUUACCUUGAGCCGCUGAAGAAAGAAACCUUCCUCUCCUUAGCUGAAAUCAACGCCCUGUUUGGAAAUAUUCAGGAAAUAGUCACCUUCCAACGCCAGUUCUUGCACAACCUUGACGAAGCCCUAGACAUGGAGCCUGAUUUCCACAAAUUUGACCACCCUAGCCAAUUUAAGAACGUCCUGUUCUCAGUAGGUAGUGCCUUCUUAUACUACGUAAACCACUUUAAGCUAUACAGUUCGUUCUGCGCGAGUCACAGCAAGGCGCAAAAGGUUUUACAUCCUAAUGAGGGCAACCAGGCUCUGCGAGAGUUCCUUGCGAGGGCCAACCCUGGCAAACAGCACAGCAGCACCCUCGAGUCGUACCUGAUCAAGCCCAUCCAGCGCAUCCUCAAGUACCCGCUGCUCCUGCAGCAGCUCAGAAACCUCACCGAUCCCCAGUCGGAGCAGCACGUGCACCUCGUCGAGGCCCUCAAGGGCAUGGAGAAGGUGGCGGAGCACAUCAAUGAGAUGCAGCGCAUCCACGAAGAGUACGGCGCCAUCUUCGACCAUCUGUUCCGUCAGCACCAGAAGUCCUGCAAGCAGCCCAUCGACCUCAGCCCUGGCGACCUGCUCUACUAUGGGGGCGUCGAGUGGCUCAACAUCUCGGACUUCCUGGGGAAGAUUAAGAAGGGACUAGAACUGCACGCCAUGUGCUUCGUCUUCAAGUCUGCCGUCGUCUUCUUGUGCAAGGAGCGCUUGCGGCAGAAGAAGAAGCUGAUGGGUGUGUCGAGCAAAGGCAGCUCCAGCGAGGUGGAGAUCAUCCGCUACCAGGUGCUGAUCCCCGUGACUGAGGUGCAGGUGCGCGCCAGCUCGGCCAAGGACAUGGACUCCCACUUCCUGUGGGAACUGAUCCACCUGCGCAGCCAAGUGCAGAGACGUUCGGAGAAGGUGUACGUCCUGUCGAACAGCACGGCCGACUUCCGCAACGCCUUCCUGAAGACGAUACGGCAGAUCAUCCGCGAGAGCGUGCGCAACAUGAGCCUGCCGCCGACCAAGCCCGGCUCUGCGGGGGACAGCGUCCCCGCCGAUGACAAGGGGACCGUCUUGGCAGUGGGGCCGAAGACGGUGACAACGAAGGCGGGUUCCGGGGCCGCGCUGAUCCUGGCGGGAUCUCAGACGCUGGGGAAGACGAAGAAGGGCGGCAAGAACGCGCAGAGGCACUCAGCGGGCAACAUCGACCUGGACAACGUGGACUCCGACUGUACUCCUCAGGCCGCGGGGCAGUCCGGAACGUUCAGGGGCCGCAGCAAAACAGUGAGCGACGGCCAGGAGGAGCACCACGGAGAUAAGGCGAAGGGGGAGUUCGACCCGGGGACCAAGUCGGAGGGCGAGGACGACUCGCAGGGCCUGCUGGCUGCGGCGGCCGCGGGGCCCGGCCCGGCGGCCGUCAAGGUGAUGGGCAAGGCCGGCACGCUGGGCCGCACCCCCAACCAUCUGACGCUCUCCACAACGUCCACGCUGUCGGCUGGCUCGACGGGCUCUCAGGCGAGGCUCAUCCAGUCCUCGCAGCACCCGGAGAACUACCAGCCGCCGCUCGUCAAGGACCUGGGUUCGCCGGUAUGGAAGCCCCGCGACAUGGUUGGCUUCGGCGAGGCGACCACGCUGCCACGAAAGAGCAAACCGUCGACGUCGUCCGAUGGCGGCCGCGUUGUGUACGAGGAGUUCCCCUCCGCCACGCUCCGCAGCACGCGCAGCCACAAGUAGGCCCCCCGCCCACCCCACGGUCUCCCCCUUCCCUUCUUGGCACCAAUCGAAGCUGUGUGCAACCCAUUGCAUCUCGAAUCUUGUAAACUUAUCAACAGUGUACGCUCGGAUAAAAGACGUGCUGAAGAUGACAACCACUGCGACAGAAUCAUCCCAACCACGCCAUCUUCCGUUCCACGUGACGUCCAAGCCGCACCCCUUUGAUCCACCGUUUUUUCUCCGUUUAUGUACCGUUGGCGAUAUUGCCGUCGAAAUUCAUUGUUAUUUAUAUUGGGAAGUAUUAAAAUAAUUGUGCCUCUGAACUGCUUCGGCACAUGUUGACGUAUCUCGUUACAAUCUAAUUUUAAAGUAGAGUUCCCAUCUGCACAUUAAUUUAUCUAGGUACCCCGAGUCCUUGGCUCAAAAUAACUAUAUUCACAGAAAAACCCACGUUGCCAGUGUCUCCUUGCGGUAGCACAAUCCUAAAACUUAUCUCCGAUUUCGCCAAAGUGUAUUAUAGAAAUGUUUUUCACUGUGACUGGACUCUAGGCGUAUUGACGAAGCAGAUUCUGCCGGUGCGGAAAGCGUCUACUAUUUUUGAUGACUGCAGAUUUUAUUGUGAAUUUGACAGCGUCGGCUACUGUGGGUCAGGGAGGUUUAAGGUUGUAGUCCUUUCUCUCUUUCCCACUUGGUCGGUUGGACUAGCGCUGUCGAAUCAAACGUUCGGACCAUGAUGUACAUAUAAGAGUUAUACUGUUACGUAGCAUUGCCGUACUGGGCAGUCUUGCGCAUUGGAUUUCCACCUCAGCACUAGUGUGCUUUCUAUUUGCUAAAUGUGUUUAGCUUUUCGUCUUGACUAAAUGUGUUCGAGCCACUCAAAGACUGCAGGAUCUCUCGAGAUCUGCUACUGUCUCGCUCUAAGGCCAUGUGGCAGGGCUUCAAACAUUUGCAGCCUGGAAUGACUAGGCUUGCGGGAAGGCCAGUGUUUUUAUUAUGUAAAUACCUGUACAGCAUGGUGUGUAAGUGAGUGUAAUUGGAUGUGCGUAUGUGAGUGGUGUGCAAGUACACCGCGAGUGUGAGAGAAAGAAAACCAUUGCGAGAACCACUGGAAAGGGGGCAAUGGAGGACCGACGCUACAACACCCUUUGUGCCAAACCGUUAUCGAUUUGUGUCAACUUCCGCCAUUUAUUUAUUUUUGCCUCGGUCUUUCGUUGAUUCUUCACGAUGCUAUCUUGUUUCUCCCUUUUCUCUGUAGAUACCAAAAAUAUACUAAGAGUUUGUUGGCGUUAUUUUCUUCUUGUCUCACCUUUUUGUCGUAUAACCAAAGGUUGUGUACAUUUGUCAGUUAAAACGUCGGAAUUCAGCCCAGAUGGUUGUGGCAGGCAGUUUAUAUUAUUUGCAUUAAGUUUUAUUAUUUUCUUCUGCCAGCUGUUAUGCUAAGAAAGGAGUCUUUCUGGGUAAGCGUGCAUGUUUCCAAUUUGAUCAUUCCUGUACACUGAUAACGUGGAUUCCGGGCGCUUGCAAUCACGUUGUCAUUGAUGCAGUUCCCGGUUUCCAUUGAAUCGUCAGAAAACGUGUCGGCAGAUUCGAAGUGAGACCUUCUAAACUAUUGAAAUGUCUUUUGAGAAUAUUGCUGAAAGUGUACAAUGAGGACAACUGCACUGCUGGCCCUUUACAUAAGCUGCACAUUUCGUCUCAGUGAUAACUAAGCUUCCUCUCGGGUCGGCCCAAACUAGUCGUUAAGUAAUGCCACCAAAUACAUGAGCAUGGCUGUGAACAUUUUCUGCUCACGAAAUCCACCGACGUGACCUCGAGGCGAUGCUUCAGAUUGUUCAUUCGUGUUCUUUUCACGUUUUCAACUUACGUGCCAAAACGUUAAUGAUGGAUAGAAGCUUCAGCCGGUUCCAUUGUAUGCAAUCUUUUUCCCUGAACGAGCUGAACAUAUCUGUCACUUUAGCCGUGUUACAAGAUGCAAACCAUUUUUUUUUCCUUUCUUAUGUAUCAGCCUAAUAGUCCAUGGUGAAUUUCAAUUUAUCGGAGUGCAAAGAACGGGAGGAAGAAUAGAACCACUUCUGGGUGGGCGGUUGUGUGAAUAUGACCCCCCAAGAGCUACUUUUCUGCACCAGUCAUGACAUUAAUACCUAUUCUCCCUUCUGUACUUAACGCUUUUCUAGAUCGGAAUACACUACGAUAUCAUUCCCUCAUUUUCUUGGAAGUGUGUGCUCUGGUUUUGGUUUACAAUUGGAAGUAUGGAUACAGGAGGAAAUGCAAUUAAAACUUUACCGAGAAUUCUAUACAACACUCACUAUCUUACAGUGUACAAUCUAAGAGGAAGUGAACGGUAGAAGGCUGUUAACCAAGAACAAAAUAACCCAGAUCUGUCAUGAUAUAGAUCUCUUAUUAUUUCAAUACUAGAUAGGGUAGUUUUAGAGAAUAAUUUAAUUUUUCCCAUAGCAACCACUCUUACACUAAAUGGUUUGACCGCUCAAAUUUGGAAUCGAUUCAUUUGGUGGUUUAAAGAGUAAUCGUCAAUAUUGAAAUGAGAGUAUGAGUUGAUGGGGACAUUAUUUUAUAACAAUUAUUAACCUAUAACUUACUGAGUAUUUAAGAAAACAUGGAUAGCAUUUAAGCACUGUUCAUACAGAGCUCUAGUGAUCAGCUAACUUGUCUUCUCAUUGUAAUGUAUAUAACUGUGAUUAUUGGUACGUGAUUAUACGAAUAUACUUCACUACUCCAGAGGUGGUCCUUUGGACACAAUUCAUGCUUUGUGGAUUUAUGUUGCGGUGCGGUGCUUUCAGAAAACUCUUGUUCUAGUCACGGCUAAUGCCCCAGUUCUGUUUCAUGAACAGUGAUAUACCUUUAACUACGUGUAGUAAUUUAAUUUUUAUUAUUUCCUCCCGACUCAAAUUGUGCCCAACGGAUCCUACCUCGCUGCUUUCUUGCAGGGAUUCACUGCACGAAUCGCGUUGUCAAUCUCUGGACCACAAAUGCCUGAAAAGAUUGACUCGCAUUUUUUAAAAAAGGUGACUCAACUCCCUCCGCGCCUUCUGAAGAGAUUGAUUAACUGUCUAGACGACGAUUAUGUUAUUGUUGGUAUGUUGGUUGUCGGGUUUGGCGGGUAUGAAUAAUAGGUCGCAAUUGGAUAUUACUCAAAUGUUUCUAGUCUUUCAUUAUGUAAAGUUAUUUAACUUUGGCGUACUGCUCCCCAAUUUAAAUCUGUUUUUUAACUGCUACUAUAAAUAUGGCGAUUUUUGAAAAUAAAUUAAGAGAGACUGCUGAUUGUCGGGAGGAAAUGUUAGGAAUGACAUCUUUGUUUCUGAAAUACCAAAUACAAAAAUUAAUAAAUAUGCGCUCCGCUUUCCCAUGGAAUGAAAGGGGCAAGUUAUUCAAAGUUCAUAGAAAUAAAUGAUUGCACCACAUAGUCCUUUCGCUGCUUCCAUCUGAAUUUCGCAUGAAUUCUAGAUAUUCUGACUGUAGAGAGAUAAGCAGUAGACUGACCAACCAUUCCAACCAGUGCUGCUACGUUUUGUCAGGAUAGGUGGAGCAAAGGUACCAAACUAGGAGAGCGCUCUCUUCGAUCUUAACUCGCCAUGGGUUUGGUUACAUAGUAGCAGAGUUCUACUCGGGCAAGUACUUUUCAUUCUCUUAAAAUGUGCACUACAUGUAUUAGAUGUACAAGUACAAAAAUUAUCAAAUUUGCGAUAUUAGUUACGAAAACAUGUUGAUUCGAAAGCCUAGAAUGGGUUGAUCGAACGGUGAUGCGGCUUUGUAACGUUAAAGUAAUGAAUGUGUAAAAAUAUUCAUUGUGUAUACAAGCCGAAUUCUGGCUUUGAAUGAUUCUUGAAAGAUUGUCAGUGUGAGAUGGGUGCAAUGUAUGUUCUGCAAUGCCGGUUCCGCCGACAAAGAAUGAAUACUAGAUGAUCCUGGUGAUCUUGCACCUAUGUGCCAAGAAAUGUACCAAAAACCUCUUAAAAUAUUCUUUCUUGGUGGAACUGGGCCAUAGAGGAACUACGUGUCAUAGUUCUUGUUGAUGAAUGUUUGUGUCGUUAAAAGAAAAUAUGGAUUCAGUUGUGUAUUUCUGUUUAACUACAUAUUUAAAAAAAUUGCUCAUAUUAAAAGAAUGUUACGACA